GUGCAAAAGGAACAGGGCAUCCAAGAUGGAGCAAAAUACUUUGAGCGAGACACCUUCAAGUCAGGUAUCGGUGGUAACACAGAUCCUAGUCUUGUUAAGGUGUUAUCGGUGAAGAGUGCAGAUGCCAUUGAAUGGCUUUCCUCUCUUGGUGUUCCAUUGACAGUACUCUCACAGCUUGGAGGACACAGCCGUAAACGUACACACCGCGCUCCUGACAAACCGGACGGUACUCCAGUACCCAUUGGUUUUACCAUUAUGCAAACACUUGAGCGACACAUCCGUAAUAAUCUUUCUGAUCACAUCACAAUUAUGGAGAAUACUUCCGUAACGGCAUUGCUGCAUGAGAGCAAAACACGUCCUGAUGGUGUUGUCCAGGUGAGGGUCAAGGGUGUAGAGAUUACACAGAACGAUGGGGAGAAGACGCAGUUGUUGGCAGAUGCCGUCAUUCUCGCUACUGGUGGUUUCUCUAACGACAAGACCGCCAAUUCCCUCCUUCAGAAGUACGCACCGCAGCUCUCCAAAUACCCCACAACCAACGGCCCUUGGGCCACUGGUGAUGGUGUGAAACUCGCCAGUGCACUGGGUGUCAAGCUUGUGGAUAUGGACAAGGUACAGCUACACCCGACAGGUCUCAUCAAUCCUAAAGACCCGGCAAACAGAACGAAAUUCCUUGGCCCAGAGGCACUUCGUGGAUCUGGUGGUAUUCUGUUAAACAAGAAGGGUGAGCGUUUUGUAAAUGAGCUCGAUCUCCGCUCUGUUGUAUCACAGGCUAUCAUCAAACAAGAUAAUGAGUAUCCGGGGGCGAAUGGCAGUCGUUUUGCUUACUGUGUACUUAAUGAGGCAGCU